AUGACACCCCCACCUCCGAAGCGCCAAAAGCGCAAUGAAUACCGCGAUGAAGCAAAAGCCCAAGAAUCCGGGGCAAUUCAGAUGCCAAGGAAGAGACUUUACCGUCAGCGUGCUCAUGCGAAUCCGUUUUCGGAUCAUCAUUUGAGCUAUCCAAUUAGCCCUGACCACAUGGACUGGUCCGUCCAUUUCCCUGCAUACGUGGACCCGGAUGAGAGUAAGACAAAUUUGGCUGGCUUUCGAAAAUUGUUGAAAGAUGUGGAGGUUGCAGAUAUAGGGUGCGGCUUUGGGGGGUUGCUUGUCGCAUUGGCUCCAGUGAUGCCUGAUACGUUGAUGGUUGGGAUGGAGAUCCGCAUUCAGGUUCUCGAAUACGUGACAGCACGGAUCCAGGCCCUUCGCUCCCAAAGGCCUCCCCCAGAGGCCCCACAAGAGUCCUCCUCACCAGAUAAGAGCGAGUCUCAACUUCAAAAUCAAUCAUCAAUCCAGUCUUCACCUUCAGCUGCUGUGUCCUCCGCGUCAUACCAGAAUAUCUCCGCCAUUCGCUCGAACACGAUGAAAUUCCUCCCCAAUUUCUUCUCGCGCCAUCAACUCUCAUCCAUAUUCAUAUGCUUCCCAGACCCACACUUUAAGGCUCGGAAGCAUAAGGCGCGAAUCGUCUCCACGUCGCUGAAUGCAGAGUAUGCAUACGUGCUAAGACCGGGAGGAAAGUUAUAUACCAUCACCGAUGUUGAGGACUUGCACCUAUGGAUGGUGAGCCACUUUGAGGGAACUGCGGAUGAAGUAGCAGGCAAUGGUGCGGCCGGCGUGAGUGAAUUGUGGGAAAGGGUGGAUGACGAAGAAUUAGAUAAAGAUGAAUGUGUGAGAAUCAUGAGAGACGAGACCGAAGAGGGGAAGAAGGUGACGAGGAAUGGAGGGCACAAGUUCGUUGCAGUUUGGCGGAGAAAGGAGGAUCCGGAAUGGAUUCCUUAA